GUGUCAGUGUCGCUGAUCGCGAAAUCUAAUAAUUUGGAAUUAUCGAAGGAAAGUUAUAAAAAUACUAGUCUUUCCACAUUAUCAGAAUUUCUUAUUGUUUACUCAAUAUGAUGAGAAACAGCAAUCUUAGUUUACGCUUCAAACCAACAGAAUUUCGUUACUUUAACUGGUUGUAUGGAAUAGCUCCAUGUUUUCCUGUUCAUGCUUCAAAAAUUAAUAUUAUGAAUGAUCCUAGGAGUUUUUAUGAUACGUUAUGUGAAAGGUUUCAAAAUGCUAAUCGUAGAAUAUCUAUUGCUAGCCUCUACAUAGGCACAGGGACGUUAGAAAGAAAGUUGUUAGCUGUCACUAAGGAAAAUGUUAUGAUGAAGAAAAAUCUGAAGUUCACUGUUGUUGUAGACUAUCAGAGAGGUACACGCGGUGAAAUAAAUUCAAAAACUGUUCUUCAAGACUUUGUAAAUGAUGUUCCUGAUCAGUGUAACAUCACACUUUUUCAAACACCACGAUUACAUGGAUCUUGGUCAAAAGUUUUGCCAGCACGUUACAAUGAAAUUGUUGGUUUACAACACAUGAAGCUAUAUAUUGCAGAUGACUCAGUAUUGUUGAGUGGUGCUAAUUGUUCCAAUGAUUAUUUUCAUCAACGUCAGGACCGCUAUAUAGAAAUUCAAGAUGCUGAUAUAGCAAAUUUUUAUAGUGAUGUUAUAGAUGAAAUCAGUAAAUAUAGUAAGAGAUGUGAGAAAAAUAACUUGAUAAAUAAUAAAAAAGGAUUUACAGUUCAAAAUGUGACCAAUGGAAUCACUCAAUUAAUUGAGAGAUGGCAAAAUAUUCAAGAUACUAAGCUUGCAUCUAUGACUGUUUCAACCAAUUCAGAUGAUGCUGACACAUGGGUGUUUCCUUUAUUACAAAUGGGGGAAUUCAAUAUUACUCAGGAUGAACAGGUUACACAUGGUAUACUGAGUUGUGCUCCUAGAGGCUCUUAUAUUAGACUAGCUACUGGUUACUUUAAUCUGACAGAACAAUAUGCUAGUACCUUGUUAAGAGGUUGUAAGGCAAGCAUAAGUUUAUUAAUGGCGCAUCCAAAUGCCAAUGGAUUUAUGGGUGCCUCUGGCCCAGCUGGAGGAAUACCGCAUGCCUACUCACUUAUAGCUAGGAAAUUUUGGGAAAAGGUUUUAAGUUAUAAUCAAGCAAGCAGAGUGAAAAUGUUAGAAUAUGAGAGGCCAGGGUGGACUUUUCAUGCAAAAGGUUUAUGGUACUAUCCGCCAGGGAUGGAUGUGCCAUGGGCAACAGUUGUGGGUUCUGCUAAUUUAGGUGAAAGAUCGGUGCACCGAGAUCUCGAAGCACAAGCAGCUAUCUUUACUGUGUCUCCUGAUUUGCAGGUAAUAGUCGUUAGUAAUAGUCUACAAAUUGCACUAGCAAGCUACAAGAGCUAGCACAGUAAAAUAUACAAGUCUCUUUAGCAUUUCAAUGCUUAUCCACACGUCAAGGUCAGUAUAGAGGGCGCCAGCGGUGUUAUGGCCCGUGUCAAAUAAUUUUAAAAUUAAGCGCAACCGAGCCACUAUUGAGGACCACAAGCUGCGGUCGAGUUUGUUCAUAAAUUUUGUAUAGUAAGUAUCGGCGCAAACUCGGCCACAUGUUGCGGAAGUAGCCGCGUAUUGUCGCUCGCAUCACGCGCACACACGGUUUUCGUUUUGGCAUGUUUUGAUAUUUUUUUUACGUUUUUGAUGUGUAACGUCUUUCCUCUCGCUUUGUUGCAAUUUGUGGGAGUGAUUUUUGAAAUGGGACGGAAGUAUGUAACAGGAAGUCGCGAUAGCGCGCGCUACUUGAUUUGAUUUUAGAACAUAAUGUUCAAAUGGCUUAUUCCUUUUUUAGUAGGUUUUAUUUCUUUUUUUACUAAUAUAAGGUGAGGUUUCAAAUGUUACACAUCAUACGCGACUACUAUAAGGCUCGCUCGUUUUUUUUAGUAUUUCAGUCUAUGUCCGCACCUUUAAAAGAACAUCAUUUUAAUAGUUUUUGAGUUUUUGAAUGGAAUAGGAAAAGGAAUGAUAUACGCCGCUAUAUAUGUAGGUAAUGGUUUGAUAUAAAAUGUAUCCCUUUAGUUCUUAAAGUGUACUUUGGAUUUAAAUAAAGGCUAAUGAAAGUGCCACUAGCGACGGCGAUUGGUGACUGCAUCUAGUAUCUUGACUGAGCCGUGACUGAAAGUCAUGUGAGUUUCUAAACUGCAGCAAUACUCCUUUGUUACAGAAACGACUUCAUGAAGAAUGCUCAAAACUACAUAAAUACUCUGCAGAAUGUAGUAACGAACUACAGAGGCGGGAGACUCCUUUGUGGGUGAAAGCAACAGUAGGUUUAUUUCGUACCUACUUCUAAAUAUUGCAAUGGAACCAAUCAAAAUUUAUUUAAUUCAAUAAGUUCGGAGUAAGUUAAAAUUUUCUUUAAUAUAGUUAUUUUGAUAUGUACCUGAUAAAUGUAAAAUGAUAUAGUAUUGAAUGCGAUAAAUACUGUUGUUAUUUUAGUAUUUUGGCUUAUUGAUUUAAGUUAUUUAAACUUGGCAGCUCAUGAAAUGAGAUUUAUGUCUUUAAAUAAUGUUAGUUAUUAUUAGAAUAGAAACUUAAACAGC